UUACAUGUUGUUACAAAGUCAGAGCCUUAGAAGUUAAAUGAACGGUGCAUUUCAAUACCGUAAUUGCAACGGUACAAUUCAGCGUCUUUUGUUCUACUAAAUAGAUGUGAUCUUUUUAAAAGAAAAUUGUGGCUAAUAGAAGUAAGCAAAGCCGAAAAGUGCCCACCCGUCUAAUAUCUGAAAAGCUUUCCACUUAUAGUGAAAACAGAGGCGUCCAUAUCAACAUGGAAGCUCCUGACGCGCACACGUUUAUGCUUUAUUCCGCAACCGGCGAAAUUCAGAUAGCGCACUUCCCCUUCAUCGAUAACAUCUACUGUAAAAUAAAUGUAGUUCAUGGAAAAGAUUGGAUUCUUUGUGCCGGAAGCGAGGAUGAUUUGACGCAGGUCAGUCGAAAAACAAGAGGAGCCGGACUUAAUGGAGGUACGACUUGCAGCGGAAGCUACUUUGUAUUCAACCAUCCACUCGAUGUCGCUUACAAAUUCACCAAUCCUUAUGGCUGGCCACAACUGGUGCUAAGCGUCUUCGGUUUAGAUGCGCUUGGUAAUGACGUUAUCCGUGGUUAUGGUACAAUUCACCUUCCAACGAUGCCUGGACGGCAUUCGGUAACGGUACCCCUACAGGCGCCGGAAUCUAGCACUGUCGCGCAGUGGCUAAGUAGCUUGUUUACCGGAAAGCGACCUGAACUUUCUGAACCAAGAGUGUUUGCGGAUCAGCACAGCCGGCAAUUGCUCCGAAUGUACUCUGAGGGUCUCCCGUACAUCGAAGUUGUCUUCAACGUAGCUCUAAAGGAUAUGGACAAAUUCGGUUUUGAUGUCGGUGCAAAUCUUGCCGUGAAUCAGGGCGGAAGCCAACUUUUUUAAGUACAAAGGUAACCUGUAGUAGGCUAUUGAUUUUGCUAUGUAAUGAAUAGCCACGCUUCAGAUAUGUUUACUUUACUCUGUACGUGAAUCGGCUAUGAUAGGUGUGUCUAAUGAAGCAAUCUUCACGACCCAUAUACCGUUUGUGUAUUCUAUCUGCAUCGACCAAUUUAGUGCCAGACACGACCCGCUAUAUUUACGAGAAGUCAUAAAAUGACACUCCCAUACUUUUGCCAGGCUAGUUCCCCAUUAGGAACAGCAUCCAGACAAGUCUCGCGUUGAGAGAGCCGCAAUGUGGAUUACCGUAUACUUGUUUCGGGUGCAUCCACGUUCGUGUGCGGUACUUCAAGCACUUCCCUAAGAACAUUUAUUACCUUAACCAUUGAACGAAUCUAACAAAUAUUAUUGCAAGCUUCUUAUCAAACCAAGCUUGCCUUUGCAAGUAACCUUACGGAAUAUAAUCGUUCAUGUGCGGCCCAAGCCAACAUACAUAUAGUCCAGUAAUCUUAUCGAUAGAGUGUGAGUGUGUGUAUGUGUGCAUAUAAAUGUUUAGCGAUUGGAGAACUCUCACUAAACAUAGUCUGGCCAAACUAACAUAUAUUUAGCGCAUCUUCGUUACAUUUAUACAUGAACGGCAUAAUCAAGCCGUAGAAUAAUGCAAUGGGUGUAAUAAACGAAUCAGGAAAAAAAUUGAUUCCUUAAUCUACUCGACGAUAAUUAUCUAUAUAUUAUUCUCGAUCCGAUUUCUACGUGGCCUUAAAAACGGUCAAAGGAUAUUUGGAUUUGUGUUCUCGCAUGCUAUACCGUUACGCCUUAAACCUGCAAUAGCACUCCUCAUCGCCCUAAACAGGUAUCAAUCUAGGAAAGGCAAAAUGCUACACUGAGAAAUUGACAAAAAAAUAUAACCUCUAUUAUUAAAAAAUAUAACUUAAAUUAUCUAUUACUUAUAGAAGCUAUUUCUUCGCAGGAAUUACAAGCAAGAAAAAGGAAUUAAACAAACAAGCAAUUUUUACAGAGGUAUAAAGCUAUAACUUGAUAUCGGGAAUACAUAUGAAAAUCCCUGACUGUCGGUAAAAAAAAACUGCCCGAGCUGAAUCAUCUAAAUGAAUGAAGCGAUGUUUUGAAUGGAUGAAAUUUCACAGUUGUGUUAUCUAAAGACGCUUAAACCUAUGGAUCCAGUAUCUCACCCAGGCAGAAUUAGUCAAAGAGCCUUCAACUUUCUGUGAUACUAAUAAAAAGCGUA